GAGUGGAGUUUCCCUUCUAGUUUACUUUCUUCCUUCUUUCAAAUUUUGUUCAAGUACAAGAUGUAUGCCUUUAGGGGGUUGUUUAGAUUUAAUAGCAAAUGUAGCUAAUGCAAUUUAAUUGACCCUCAAACAAUCUGCUGCAGUGUCAGUAAUUGUUUACCAUUCAUGUGAUAUUCAAAAUUACAAUUCCUAGUUUUUAAAAAGUGUUCCCUUAGCCCAAUUUUAAUUUUACUAUAUCUUCAUGACGUCUUAACCUUACUUUCAUGCUCAGUGAUUACCUCUCAUAAUUUAAAUAUUUAUAAUUUUACGGUAGUGUAAAACGGCCAGCACUGAAAAUGGGUGAUCAGGAAAAAGUUAUCAAAGUUGGAUCAAGAAAAAGUGAGCUGGCACUGAUUCAAACCCGUUCAAUUAUAAGAAGUUUGGAAGAAAUUUAUCCUAGUAAGAAGUUUGAAAUAGUUACCAUGUCAACCCUAGGCGAUCAAAUUCUGGAUAAACCUCUUCCGAAAAUUGGUGAGAAGAGUUUAUUCACAAAAGAGCUUGAAAUAGCACUGGAAAGAAGUGAUGUAGAUUUUGUAGUUCAUUCCCUCAAAGAUCUCCCUACAGUGUUACCUGACGGAAUGGCGAUCGGAGCUAUUUGCAAGAGAGAAGAUCCAAGAGAUGCCGUGAUUUUCAACUCAAAAUUUAAGGAUAAAACCUUAGCAACGUUACCAGAAAAUAGUGUAAUUGGAACCAGCUCCCUGAGAAGAACUGCCCAGCUGUCCCGACAUUUCCCACACCUCAAAGUUGAGAACAUCCGAGGCAACUUGAACACUCGACUACGCAAGCUAGGCACCGAGGACUCUCAGUACGCAGCAAUCAUACUAGCCCUGGCUGGGAUCACUAGGAUGGGCUGGCAGGACCGGGUUGGACAGGUGCUUGAUGGUGAGGAGAUGUUGUAUGCUGUAGGUCAGGGUGCUCUGGCAGUGGAGUGUAGGGAGAAUGACUUAGCCACCAUGUCACUGCUACAUCCUCUACAUCACCAGGCGACCACUGCCAGGGUAGUGGCUGAGCGUAGCUUCCUCUGUACUCUAGGUGGAGGGUGUUCAGCCCCAGUUGCAGUCGAGAGCAGUGUGAGAGGUGCAUCACUGGCACUCACUGGCGCAGUGUGGAGUCUGGAUGGUACUGAAACCUUGCGCCAGUCCAGUGAAUGUCGUCUGCACUCUGACCCUGACAGUGACGAGUAUGAACCAGCCAGGAAGUGUCCGUACCGGGAACCCCGUCUGUUUGUGGGAGUCGCCCAGGGUCUUCUAAGUCCCAAGGAUCUGGAGACGGCAGAAAAACUGGGUUCGGACCUUGCAGCGAACCUUAUACACGAUGGUGCCUUACAAAUCAUGUCAGCUGCUAAAAAAGAAGUGGUUUCAUCGAUCAAUUAGAAUUUAUACAUUUUUUUAUCCAAUUGGAUGAUUUACCAGGUGUAGGAAGUUUGUACAGCGGUUGUUGAUUUUGCUCAUUGUAGCUAUAGUUUAUAUCUUAUACAAUUUGUUAAUAAUUUUAUUUCAAUGGGACUUGUUAUGUAUAUUUUGUUGAUCCGUUGGUUUUCGGUAUAGAUAUUAUAUUUGUAAAAAAUAAACAAGUUUUAACAUUCUA